AGCCGCAUGGAGACAGACAUGGACGACGCGAAAACGUCAAAAUAACAACGCGGAGAUUUCGGAGAACAAUAAGAACAUGACUGAUGAGAAGAACGAAUGAAAUAUACGAGAGAGGUAACGCAUCGAGAGAAUUCGAGCGACAAACCGAAGGUAUCUAAUCCUUUGAGAAGAAAGAAUCGAAACCGGAAAAAAAAAUCGGAACGUUUUCGGUUUAUCAAACGACGGAGAGAUGUUUAUAGUCACGAAGGAGAUCGACAGUGAGAACAUCGGCAAAUUGUGCCGUACGUGCUUGCGGGAAGACGGCGACAAGAUGGUAUGUUUGUUCGUGGGACCAGCCGGUUCCUCGCUCGCUGCUAAACUGCGAUCUCUCUCUUGUUUGGAGGUCUGGCAGGGAGACGGCUUGCCUGAAAAGAUGUGCGACCGUUGUGUCACCAGGGCGGAGUCGGCCCUUUUGUAUCGAGAGCAGUGUCGCGCCGCCGACAGGGCUUUGAGGCAGGCAGCGUUGAAGGUAUCCAGGUUGACGUCGUACACCACCGUCCCUGGCUGCAAGCUCUAUCAGAAUCAACAGAGUCAGGGAUUCGUGCCCGUACCGAAUUCUCACAGGACCCUGAAAUGCGUGGAAUGCGGCGCUGGGUUUAUGAGUUAUCAAGAGCUCUGUGCCCAUAAUCGACUACACUUGCCCUUCGUUCAGGAUAACAUACCCAUGCAACAUAUGCACAUCGUGGAGUCCCAGAAUCCGUAUCUUAAUUUUACUCACGUCAGUUCGAGCUUCGCGAACGAUGGUAUGCCAAAUACGCAAUUAUCUCCCCUAGUCAGACCAAAUACGAUGCAUCCUAUGUCAAUGAACGAAGAAAGUUCGAGUCGACCUGCCUGUGCCUUACAUUGCUCUCUGUGCAAUCACACUUUUACCAAUAGAAGACAGUUGAUAAGUCAUAAUAUUACGCACAGCACGGAGAGCGUCGAUAUGUCGUGCGACAAUGAAAACAUAGAGAUUUGUGAAAAUUCGAAUCAUAUCCCGCAAAACUUGAGCUACGAAAGAUCCAUUCAUUCCGUUGAUAAUCCUAUUCAGAACUUGUCUUAUCAGAGAUCCACCGUGGACGACACCGACGGGAUGCAGAACAUAAACUUUCCAGAAAAUAUUGAUCUCGACGGCGUCCAGGAAAGCAGCUCGGAACGCAUGCAGAAUGUAACGAUACACUCCGAGAACGAUGUAUCGAUCGCCGAAAACUUGAGAUUUAUAAAAUCGCCCGGGAAAGACCGGCAACUCGCGAUUGAAUAUCACGGAUGUCCGAGCGACGACAAUUACAAGCAACCUCUCGAUAUAAAAGCUGCGGAAGAUAUCCACGCUAAGAAGCAUCAGUGUGAGAUAUGCUCGAGACAAUUUUCGCAAAAGUCAAAAUUAUUUGCUCAUCAAUUGUCUCACACUGGCCAGCAACCAUUUAAAUGUCUGAGCUGUGGCAAAAGUUACGCAUCGAAGAGUAAACUCAGCGCGCAUAUGAGACUACACACCAAAACCAACGUACAUCAGUGUAAGGUGUGCGAUAAAAUAUUUUCCUAUCCGUCGUACUUGGAGGAGCAUAUAAAGGUCCACAAUAAAAGUGAUGAUACAUCGCAGAGCAAGGACUACGAAUGUAACACCUGUAACAAGCGUUUCCGGCUUUUAAAAAAUUUGAAAGCUCACGAAAGACUACAUACUGGAAGGGGUUUGGUGCAAUGCGAAAUUUGUGAUAAAAAAUUUAGCCAUAAUUAUAAUCUAAAAAUGCACUUGCGAACGCACAAGACGUCGAGGGUGCACAAAUGCGAGUAUUGCGACAAACGUUUCGUGCAGAAGGGUAAUCUGGUCGAGCAUUUGCGAAUUCACACUAAAGUGAAACCUUUCGCGUGUAAGCUGUGCGGCAAGAGAUUCGCGCAAUCGAGUCAUCUUAAAAGUCACGAAGCCUCGCACGGCACGUUGAGGCAACACCAAUGCCGAUUAUGCGGAAAGAGAUUCAAGCUGGCCAAUCAUUUGAAACGGCAUUUAAAUUUACAUACUGGUUCGAAGACUUAUAAGUGCAAUCAGUGUAACCAAAUGUUUUCGCAGUCCUUUAGUCUGACGAGACACUUAAAGAAGCAUAACGAAUCACAUAUCUAAUUUAUAUAAUUGU